AUGUCAUUCACCAGGCGCGAUCCGUUGUUCACCUUUAACCGCCACGUUGCCGUCAGCUCCGGCGACCGCACCGUCAGGGUCCAUGAUGCCGUAUAUAGCAGACUCAUCGAGUUGGCCGAAGACGAAGGCGACUGCGACUUCGCUCGCUAUCUCCUCCAACAGGUCUGCGAGGUGUUUAGAGACGAGAUCGAUGCCCAUUCAACCAUCGAGCCCAUUACGACAGGUCAGCGGAAUUACCUCGACGGGUGGGAGGAUGCCCUCGAAACCGUCUGCGGCCUGGCUUCCCUGUGCCUUGGAGGUCCGCUGGGAGACGAGGGCCUGUCCCGACCAGAGUCACCUGCCGAGUCCAACUAUGACUACAUGACGCAGUCUAGCCAAGGCCGCUAUGCUGAGAAGUGGAACAAACAGCUGGAGGGAUGGAGGCGGAGCACCGAAGAAUCCAAGAGAAGCCUUUUCGGGGAUUCCAUCUCCUCCGCAUCCAAGGACAAUCGCCGGGAAGACUCCCAUUCCCAUGCCUCCCACGCCUCCAGCACCCCAAUCAACACCCCUUCAACCGUCAGCAUCAGCGACUCGGUCGUUCGUGCCCUCUUCUCCCCGUCCCCGUCCCCGUUCUCAUCCACCCCUGACCUCUCCAAGUCCAAUCGGCACGACCACAGCCUCAACAAGUCCGACAUCAUCCGCGGCCUUGACACAAACGCGCUCCUCACGCACUUUGAGCGCCAAUCCCGCCUCUCGGAGCGCCGUAUCGCCGCAGAGCUCGGCCGGACCAGCAUCCUCCGCCAGGCCAUCUUGCAGGAUCGCUUCUUUGGCCGCGUGCCGUCGUUCGCGGGCACGCCGGAGAUCAGCGACGACUUCAAGGCGGCGGACGCCACGAGCGAGAUCAACAACCCGUUCCUGGGCGAGGCGCAGCAGGACCGCGCCGUGAGGCAAGUCAAGACGCUGUUCCGGCAGUGGCGGAAGGCUGGGGCGGAGGCCCUGAUCGAGGAGGAAGCGUCGGAUGAGGGCGCCUGGGCGGCCAUGGGAGAAGAGGACAUCAGGAGGCUGGUGAAGGACUCGAUCACAUGCCACAAUCCGGAAUUGCGGUUCAGGGGCCACGGAGAUACACCGAUGCCUAGCCCGUGGUCCGGAUCCGUGUACAGCAGCGAGUUCUCUUGGCCGACUGGACUUCCACAGCGUCGGGGCGAUGAGUCGCCUCUGAUGGGUUCUCACACGCAACACCCGUAUAACCUCAGGUUCAAGUAA